AUGGCGCAUGAACUUAAAAGGAGGAGGAAAGAGGAUGACGAUAUGAUGUUUUUAACUUUUCCUGCAUUGUAUUUGAUGUCUGGUACAACAAAGAGUGAGAAAAUACCUAGACACACCUCAAGACUAUCCGGUAGAGAGCGGCUUGAAGAAAUCCUUGAAGGGCAUGUAAUGGAUUGUAAGGUUGCAUUCCGUAUGGAGCCUCAUGUUUUCAAGGCAAUAGCAAAUUAUCUUAGAGAGGAGAAGUUGUUAAAGGAUAGAAGACAUGUGAGGAUUGAGAAGACUCUUGGAAUGUUUAUGUUCAUGCUCUCUCACAACGCAAGCUUUGAAGAUCUACAGUAUGAAUUCAAGCAUAGUGGGGACACAAUCCAUCGGCAUAUUAAGUCUAUUUUCAAGAUAAUCCCAAAACUCACCUACAGAUUUCUCAAGCUUCCUCAUGUCGAGCAAACACAUUGGAAGAUUAGAACAAACCCUCGCUUCUUUCCUUACUUCAAGAAUUGCAUAGGGGCUAUUGAUGGCACCCACAUUCCGAUAACUAUAAAUGGAGAGAAGGCAGCUCCGUAUAGGAACAGAAAGGGGACUUUGAGCCAAAAUGUGAUGGUUGCAUGUGAUUUUGACCUAAAUUUCACAUUUAUCUCAUGUGGUUGGGAGGGGUCCGCAACUGAUGCUAGGGUCCUUAGACCAGCAAUGAAUAGUGGGUUUCAAGUCCCGGAUGAAAGAGCUCUAGGGGUUCUUAAGAAGCGAUUUCCCAUCCUCAAAGUAGGCACAUUCCAUCGGAUAAAGAACCAAGUGUGCAUUCCAGCAGCUUCUGCAGUGUUCCACAACAUGAUACGGAUGCUUAAUGGUGAUGAGGGAUGGUUGGAGCACCAACCUGAUAAUAUAAAGCCUGCUGACUAUGUUGAUCUACCAGAAGGCGAUGACGAAUACAAUAAUGAUGUGGCGUCUCUUAACAAUCAAUUGAUCAAUGGGAAUAGUACAAGACAUAUGAUUGCUAAGAAGAUGUGGGAAGAUUAUGUUCGUAGCUAA